AUGACCAAGGUCUUAGAGAUAGACAGAGAGCAUAACUGGCACUGGCACAACCGGUCUUUGAAUGCCAAAUUCUUGACUCACGGUUCGGUAUGUGAAGCUAAGAAGAAAGCUUCCUGCCCUGGACUUGGCUUGUUUUAUACAUUAUUGUCUGCCUUCCUUUUCUCAGUGGCUUCUUUAUUAGUAAAAAAAAUACAAGAUAUGCAUUCAGCAGAAAUUAGUGCAUUUCGAUGUAUAUUCCAAAUGUUAUUCGUUCUUCCUUGCUUAAUACACCAAAAAACAGGAUUUUUGGGACCAAAAGGCAAGCGCAUUUUCCUUUUCCUCAGGGGAGUCUUUGGUGCCACAGCGAUGAUCCUUCUCUACUACGCUUUCCAGUUAAUGCCCAUUGCCGAUGCCACGGUGAUCACCUUCACCAGUCCGGUUUUUACUUCCUUGUUUGCUUGGAUAUAUCUCAAGGAAAAAUACAGUCUGUGGGACGUUGUCUUCACUCUCUUCGCCAUUGCUGGAGUGGUCCUCAUCGCCAGACCGACAUUUCUGUUUGGCUCCAGCACGGAAGGGAUGGAAGAAAGCCAUUCCUACCACUACCGAGGAGUGCUGGCCGCCUUGGCAGGGGCCAUGUGUGUCGCCCUGACCCUCGUGAUUCUAAGAAAGGUGGGGAAGUCGGUGCACUACCUGCUGAACAUCUGGUACUACGUAGUGAUCGGACUCCUGGAAUCCAUCGUCAUCCUCUGCGUCCUGAACGAGUGGCGUUUGCCCCACUGUGGCCUGGACAGGCUGUUUUUGAUACUCAUCGGACUUUUCGGCUUGGGGGGCCAGAUUUUUCUCACUAAAGCGGUUCAGAUAGAAAAAGCGGGGCCCGUGGCCCUCAUGAAAACAAUGGACGUGGUUUUUGCUUUCAUACUUCAGAUUAUUUUCCUGAAUAAAAUACCGACGUGGUGGACAGUGGGUGGUGCCCUUUGCGUGGUGGCCAGCAGUGCUGGAGCUGUCAUUCGCAAGUGGUGUCACAGUUUGCAAACCGGUCAUCACAGCAAAAAUAGAUUUACCAGGUAG